AUGAAAAUUAAAAUUUUUAAAAGAAAAAGGCCUCUAGAAACUAAAGAACCUGAAAAUAAAAAAAGAACUAAAAAGGAAGCAUCACAGCAAAAAAUUGAUCAAAAUGGGAUGACUGGGACUUCAAAUUUAAAAGAAAGGGAAAAAGAAAUAAAUUCGGAUUUUUUCAGUGCCCAUUUUUGCAAGGAACAAUUGGAUGAUGAAAACAAUUCACCCUUACUUAAACGUUUACUUGCUGGCCAUGCAUAUGCUCAAAAAGAAGAUUUUGAUAACCUUUUUGAAGAACAUUCUGCUUCAAUUUCUACUUGGGGACAUUCAACUUCUAAUUUAACAAAACAAUUAAAAACGGAUGAUAUAAUCACAUUAAAACGUCUUUUGCGUCUCUACAAAAACAAGCUAGUUAGUAAAGAAAAAGAACAAAAUUUCCAAGAAAAUUUGUUUACAAAUUUUAUGGGGCGUUAUUUGGAUGUUUGCUGCUCUACUAGAGAAGACUGCACGGAGCUAAUUUGUCUGCAUUCUUUAAAUCAUUUAAUGAGAACCAGAAAUUUAAUUAUUGGAAAUAAACAAAGAUUACAGAAAGCAAAGGAUGAGGGUCUUGAACUAACCGACUCUUUAAUUGAAAAAUGUCGUGACCAAGGCUUGUCGCGACCCAAAAUUCUCAUUUUGUGCCCUUUUCGAAAAUUUGCUCACAAAAUAGUUUCUACAAUGAAAGAUUUGUUGUUUACGCCAGAAGAAAAACCUUUCCUUCAAAACUGGGCAAAAUUUGACGAAGAAUAUGGAAAUGAAGAGGGAAAUAAAAUUAACGAGAAACGACAAGUUUCGGAUGAUUUUAAGGAAUUAAUGUCAGGAAAUGUAGACGAUUGUUUUCGAUUAGGUAUUGGAUUGGCUAAAAAAUGUUUAAAAUUAUACACAAAUUUUGAGGAGUCAGAUAUUCUGUUGUGUUCCCCUUUGGGAAUUAAAAUGAUAAUUGGUGAAAAUGAGGAAGAAAGUAAGGAAGGAGAUUCAAAUAAAAAAGAUGCUGGUUCAAGUGAUUUUUUGGCGUCGAUUGAAAUUGUGAUAAUUGAAAGGGCAGAUAUUUUAAUAAUGCAAAAUUGGGAGCAUUUAAUAAACACAAUUUCCGCUCUAAAUAAAAUGCCUUCAAAAGUUUCUACUGAUAUUACAAGAAUUAGGCGUUGGUCUUCAAUUGAUGGUUUGGCAAAACAUUAUAGACAAACAAUUUGUUUUUCUCAAAUUAAUUUUGUUGAAAUGCAUUCCCUAUUUGCCCAACAUUGUUCUAAUUUUGCCGGUAUAGCUACAAUAAAACAAAACCUUUCAGAACCUCUUCCAAUUAAAAAAUUUUUCUAUCCAAGUAUUCAAUAUUUUCAUCGGUUUGAGGCAAUUUCCCCGACCGAACAGGCAAAUGAACGCUUCAAAUAUUUUGUUGAACAAAUACUUCCAAAAUGUGAAACAGGCACUCUAAUAUUUAUUCCCUCCUAUUUUGAUUUUGUUCGUAUUCGAAACUUUUUGAAAAAACGAAAUAAUGAAACAUUUGUUCAACUACAUGAAUAUGCAGAACAGGGAAAAAUAGCUAAAGCUAGACUAUUAUUUUUCAAAGGAGAAAGAAAAUUGAUGUUAUUUACUGAAAGAUUACACUUCUUCUUUCGUUACCAAAUUAAAGGAAUUCGUUCUUUAUUGUUCUACCAGCCUCCAAUUAAUCCUGAAUUUUAUCCUGAAUUUUUACAAAUGUCGGCAACUUUGCAAAAGAAGAAUUUUGAUAAUCAAGAAAAUAAUAAAUUGCAAAAAUCCUCUCAACAACAACAACAAAAUUCCAUAAAACACGUUAAUUCAUUAAUGCUCUAUUGCCGUUUUGAUAUACUUCGACUAGAAAAUAUUUUUGGCCUUAAAGCGACGCAAAGGCUCUUAUCUGGGGAUGCGAUACAAAAUUUAAAAUUAGAAUAA